CACUGUCACCAUCACUAGGCAGGACCGCAUGGUUUAAGGCAACGCCUCGGGUGGGAGCAAAAACGCAUCCACUGUGGAGAUGAGGUUUCGGUUGCCUCCAUUCUUUAAUUUAAAUAGCGCAAACCCGUUACCAUGUCAAAAGAACCAUAUUUGAAUUCCAGCUGCAAGGGGGUAAAUCGAAGUAUACUAGAAUUGAUUCCUAGCCUGCUUGAAGGCGGAUGCUGAAUUCAGACCAGCAGUCACACUCCGGGAUUUCCACGGUAGUUCAUGAAAGAAAGAGAAUCUGGGGCUAAACAGAGUAAACACACCCGCUUUUCCUGCACCAGAAAACGCCGAGAUGUUCAUAGGCAUCGCGUUAGUCACAUUAUCAAAAACUGCAACACUCAUGUAAAUAGUGACUUUCCCACCACGUGUCGACGGCAGGCAGUGGAUGCCCCCGAUAGGAUGCCCUACAGUUCUCCACAGCCAUUUGCCCAGGCGACUGGGAGUCCCUGGUCCCAUCCCGCCCUCCGAAACCCGUGAAGGGUAUUCAGUACCCCGCGCUCACCGCGGUCUCCUGCUGCCCCCUGCCAGGCCCCUACCGUCGGGCUGCGAAGGGCUGAGGUACAGCCCCGAGGGGGCGCAGGAUCCAUGACGUCACAUCUGCGCGCGACCCGAGGGCGGAAGUUAGUCUUUUCCACUUCCGCUCCACUUAGCCACUCCGGGCGCCAGAGGCGGAAGUAAAAGCCAUGUACAGCGGAGACAGCUGUUCUCCAGCCUUUCUGGAGGGAUGCAGAGCUUUUCCUAAGACAAACAAGCAUUUAAAAAAGUUUGGACUGCCUAACCAUUAUGGCAGCAGGAAACCUCUGGUGUAUGAGAAGUAACUUUCUCUUUGGUUCAAGAUGUUGGAUGACACGAUUUUCUUCAGAAACUGUCUUCAAAUCAGUUAGACUUUUUGGUGUGAAGUAUCGUAAUGCAAACAAUGAGCCUUCGGAGAAUGAGGAGCUACUGAACAACUUACUUACUAUGGGAGUAGAUAUUGGCAUGGCAAGGAAACGACAGCCUGGAGUUUUCAGCAGGAAGAUUACCAAUGAGCAGGACCUGAAAAUGUUUCUUCUUUCCAAAGGAGCUAGCAAAGAAGUGAUUGCUAGCAUUAUAUCAAGAUAUCCACGAGCCAUAACACGUACUCCUGAGAGUCUUUCAAAACGGUGGGAUCUGUGGAGAGAGAUUGUGACAUCAGACCUUGAAAUUGUAAAUAUUUUGGAACGUUCUCCUGAAUCCUUUUUUCGGUCCAGUAACAACCUAAACUUAGAGAAUAAUAUAAAAUUCCUCUACUCAGUUGGAUUGACCCGUAAAUGCCUUUGUCGAUUGUUGACCAGUGCCCCUCGUACCUUCUCCAAUAGUCUUGAUCUGAAUAAACAGAUGGUUGAAUUUUUGCAGGCAGUCUGCUUGUCAUUGGGUCACAAUGAUCCCACAGGUUUUGUCAGGAAAAUAAUUUUUAAAAACCCUUUUAUCUUAAUUCAGAGCACAAAGCGGGUGAAAGCUAACAUUGAAUUCUUACAGUCAUCUUUCAGCUUGAACAGUGAGGAACUACUGGGACUGAUAUGUGGUCCAGGAGCUGAAAUCUUAGACCUUUCCAAUGACUGUGUCAGAAGAAACUACACAAAAGUCAAAGAGAAGCUGUUUUCUCUUGGAUGUAUUGAAGAAGAGGUACAGAAGUUUGUCCUAAGCUAUCCAGAUGUGAUCUUCUUCGCAGAGAAAAAGUUUAAUGAUAAAAUAGAUUGCCUCAUAGAAGAAAACAUUAGCAUUUCACAAAUAAUUGAAAAUCCUCGGGUUCUGGAUUCAAGCCUAAGUACUUUAAAAAGUCGAAUCAAAGAAUUGGUAAAUGCUGGCUAUAACUUUAGUACAUUAAACAUCUCUCUUCUAUCUUGGAGUAAAAAAAGAUAUGAAGCUAAAUUGAAAAAGUUAAGCAGAUAGAAUGCUGUUUGGGGACUUUUAAAAAGUCAAAAAAUAUCUUUUCAUUUUGAAUUUGGGCCUUUCAAAAAGGAGAGGUUCACUUUCUUAACUGCAGAUGUGUGUGUGUGUGUGUGUGUGUGUGUGUGUGUGUGUGUGUGUGUAUGUAUAAAAUGUUUUUUUGGAUAUUUUAUGGUUCAUAAAAACUCAUGGUUGGAUAUGCUCAGAUAUAGUCCUCCUAGUUUUCUCAUCUCUAGUUUAAAUUAAUGCAACAUACCAUUAUAUGAUACAGAUUGUGGAUGCUGUGCAAAUUGUAGUUCCUCAGAAAUGGUGAUUCCACUGCAGAACAAUGUGUAGAAAGAAAGUACAAAAUAAACUUGUGGUUUCUGUUCAGAUUAAAAAGUGACAGACUCGAAGUAGAAUGCCAGUAAAAAUAGUGAAAAUCUGGCUGGGUGUGGUAGCUCAUGCCUGUGAUCCCAGCACUUU